AUGCCGCCCAAGGCUCCCCCCAAACGCCCAUCGACAUCUUCGGCACCUCCCAAAAAGGUCGCCAAAGCUGGGCCAUCGACAACGAAACCACGCGCUGCCACGGCUGCUACAAAGGGCAAGGCGCCCGCCCGAGCCGAGCAGGUGGAUGUCAAACCCAAAAUUGAGCGCAACUUGGGAGAGGAGGAAUGGGUAGAGCUUAUGAAACAGACUUAUGGGGAUAAGAAGGGUGCGGAUUGGUAUGCCAAGGGCGUCAAGACGGUUGAAGAUAAAUGGCAAUUACUACCAGCCUUCUUGAAGGUCAAGGGUCUUGUCAAGCAACAUUUAGACUCUUUCGACUACUUUGUCAAGGUCGAUAUCAAAGCCAUCCUCGCCGCCAACUCCCUAGUCAUCUCCGAUAUCAACCCUCGUUACUACAUUCGUUAUACCGACAUUCGGGUCGGCAGACCUUCAAGGCAUGAUGCCAAUCAGGUCGCAUCGCCCCUUACUCCCAUGGAGUGCCGUCUAACGGACUCUACGUACUCUGCUCCCAUCUUUGUGGACGUAGAGUAUAUGGGCGAAGAGAAGAGGAUCAAACAGCGAGGAGUGCAGAUUGGAAUGUUGCCGGUCAUGUUGAGAAGUGCUUUGUGUAACCUCAAAGACAAGAACGAGGCAGAGCUGGCUAGGAUGGGUGAAUGUCCGAUGGACCCUGGAGGGUACUUUGUGGUGAAGGGGACGGAAAAGGUCAUUUUGGUGCAGGAGCAGUUGAGCAAGAAUCGUAUUCUUGUCAUGAAGGAUAGCAAGAAGGAUGAAGUCACGGCAGAAGUCACCUCAUCGACUCACGACCGAGUUGUCAAGACCUACGUCGUCACAAAAGCCAACCGUCUAUACCUCCGUCACAACUCUUUCAAAGAGUUCAUCCCUAUCGUCAUCGCCCUCAAAGCAAUGGGUCUCACUGCCGACAAGGAGAUUCUUCAACUCAUCUGUGGAUCUGAUGAACGAUACCAAGAGGCAUUCGGUGUGUCCCUGGAAGAGGCUGCCAAGGAGAAGACUUUCACAAGGCGUCAGGCGUUGGAGUGGAUUGGUGCGAGGGUUUCGCCCAACCAGGCCAAGGACGACGGCACAUCUGCUCAAAAGCUCACCCCUACCGAUGUCGCUCAGCAAGCACUCGCUGCGAUGGUACUUGGCCACGUUCCUGUAAAGAACAUGAACUUCAGACCGAAGUGUAUCUAUCUUGCGACGAUGGCAAGGAGAGUAUUGAUGGCUAUGGUGGACGACCAUAUGGUCGAUGACCGAGAUUAUGUCGGUAACAAGCGUCUGGAAUUGGCUGGUCAACUACUCUCCCUUCUCUUCGAAGACUCUUUCAAAACCUUCAACAGCGAACUCAAAAAGCGCAUGGACAAGAUCCUCGAAAAGGUCAAUCGCGCAGGCCCCUUCGACGCCGGUACCCUUAUCCGCCAAGGUGGUGACCCCAUCACCCAAGCCUUCGUCCGUUCCAUCUCUACCGGCAAUUGGUCGCUCAAGCGAUUCCACGUCGAACGGGCCGGUGUCACGCACGUCCUUUCUCGACUCAGUUUCAUCGCCGCACUGGGUAUGAUGACGCGUAUCUCGUCGCAAUUCGAAAAGACGAGAAAGGUCUCUGGUCCGCGUGCGUUGCAGCCGAGUCAGUGGGGUAUGCUUUGUCCGUCAGAUACACCCGAAGGAGAGGCGUGUGGAUUGGUCAAGAAUUUGGCGUUGAUGACGCAUAUCACGACCGAUGUGCCCGAGGGCCCGCUACAUAAGCUGGUCUGGAUGUUGGGCGUGGAGGAUAUUUCACUUGUCACCGGUAACGAGCUGUACCGCCCAGGUGUGCACCUGGUGCAGGUGAACGGUACGAUCGUCGGAGUGACCAAGAUGGCGAAGAAGUUUGUGAGGACUUUCAGAAAGCUGAGGAGGGCAGGCAGGACUUCGGAAUUCGUCUCCAUCUACAUCAACCACCACCAAAAGGUCAUCUACAUUGCCAGUGAUGGUGGGCGUAUCUGUCGACCGAUGAUCAUUGUCGAGAAGGGCCACUCUCGAGUCACCACCGAGCACGUCCGUCUUCUCAAAGAAGGCAAGGUCACUUUCGACCACUUCCUCAGAGCUGGUCUUGUCGAGUAUCUCGAUGUCAACGAAGAGAACGAUUCCUUCAUUGCUUGUUACGAGCACGAGAUCGAGGAGGGGACUACCCACCUCGAAAUUGAACCUUUCACCAUCCUCGGUGCCGUCGCCGGUCUUAUUCCCUACCCCCAUCACAACCAGUCUCCCCGUAACACCUAUCAGUGCGCUAUGGGUAAGCAAGCUAUUGGCGCUAUCGCAUACAACCAACUCAACCGUAUCGAUACUCUCUUGUACCUCAUGACCUACCCUCAGCAGCCUAUGGUCAAGACCAAGACGAUCGAGCUCAUCGGCUACAAUAAACUUCCUGCUGGGCAGAACGCGACAGUCGCUGUCAUGUCGUUCUCUGGGUAUGAUAUCGAAGAUGCUCUGAUCUUGAACCGCGCGUCCUUGGAUCGAGGAUUCGGAAGAUGUCAUGUCUUGAAGAAACAGACUGUACCCAUGCGUACGUUCCACAACGGCUCGCACGAACGUACCGCCUACCCCGACCCGCCCCAACGUCCCGACGCGUACACUUUCGUCGACAAGGCAGACGGCAUGGUCGCCCCCGGAGCCACUAUCAACCAAUUCGACGUCAUGGUCCACCGUGAAACGCCCGUCGACACGCGCGGGACAGAUACGCAAAUGUACAAGGCCAACCCCGUCACGCACAAGACGCCCGAGCCUAUCUUGAUCGACAAGGUCAUGCUGACGGAAGGAGAGGAUGGAGCUUUGAUCAAGCUGUUGACGAGGCAGACGAGAAGACCAGAGCUGGGAGACAAGUUCUCGUCGAGACACGGGCAGAAGGGUGUAUGUGGUUUGAUCGUGCCGCAGGCGGAUAUGCCGUUUAAUGACCAGGGUAUCGUGCCGGAUAUAAUUAUGAACCCUCACGGUUUCCCUUCGCGAAUGACUGUUGGAAAGAUGAUUGAGUUGCUCUCUGGCAAAGCCGGUGUCCUCGCUGGUAAACUUCAAUACGGAACAGCGUUCGGUGGUUCCAAGGUCGUCGACAUGUCUCAGAUCCUCAUUGAGAACGGCUUUUCGUAUGGCGGUAAGGAUAUGUUGACGAGCGGUAUCACCGGACAGCCCAUGGAGGCGUAUGUCUACUUUGGUCCUAUCUACUACCAGAAGCUCAAGCACAUGGUCAUGGACAAGAUGCACGCUCGACCUACCGGUCCUCGAGCCAACCUCACACGUCAGCCCACGGAGGGUCGUUCAAAGGAUGGUGGUCUCCGUCUUGGUGAAAUGGAAAGAGAUUGUCUCAUCGGUUACGGUGCCACACAACUACUACUCGAACGAUUGAUGAUCUCAUCGGACGCUUUCGAGACCCAAGUCUGCGAGACUUGUGGUAUGUUGGGGUACAACAACUGGUGUCCGAAGUGUAAGAGCGGGAAGGGCGUGGUGGGCUUGACGAUUCCCUACGCCGCGAAGCUUCUUAUCCAGGAGCUCAUGGGUAUGAACAUCAUGCCCAAGCUCUGCUUGGAAGACACUGUCUAA